AGCCUUGUCAAAGAAGAAAAAACUACGAGAAACGCACAAAGGUCCGGAGCAGUCGCUGGAGUUGUUGGGUGCGAUGUUCUGGCGGGAAGAGCAAGGGGGAACGGCUACCGCGCGGUUCGCGUCGCUUGCACUCCGCGCUCAGUCUCUCACCCGCGCUCGCCGUGAACGCACGCGCGCUCCGCUCAGUGAACGAAACGUGUAUCCAAUUUAAACUUGUGACAAAACUUAGUGCACGGACGUGAGUCUUAAGUGGAUCUCAGUGCAGUGUCAGUGACGUUCCAUUAUGAAUGUGUGCUUUAUGUGCUGAAACUAAUUACCCUCGUGUUUCUGGAAACUUAAGCCGAUGGUCCUCUUGAAUAGUAACAUGAAAAUAAAUGGUUCGUGAUAAUUAAGAGUUCAGGAUGACCAUAGACAGGGCUGGAAGGCCGCCUGCACCGCGGCGGGCCUCCUCAACCUACAGAAGCUACGAUGAACUCGGAAUCAUCGACAGAGGAAGACCGCUUCGGUACCGCCACGGUGGCAUAGAAGACCUCACAGGCUUAGAGUCCAGAACCUACAGAACAUACAACGCACAGGAUUUCGACGACAUCACCGUAAUCAGCUCUGAAGAGGUCCCAAAACCUAAGAGGAAAACGAUAGAAGGUUUCGCAAACGGUUUCAGAAGAACAUUUUCCGUACGAAGCAGAAGAGAGGAACCUGAAGGGAUUCCCAUGGACACUUUCAGUACUCAUGAGGAUAAUUUUGCUACAGUUAGAGGAGCGCCUUUUGGAAGGCGUCGCUCCUUGUCGCGUGAUAGAGGAAGCUCUUUACUCGCUAGGAGUUCUUCGGAAGGGGAUGUGAGGCCGGUGCCUGUCCGGGCUCCGGCGCCGGCGCCUCGGCUCCACCGCUGUCUCCGCGCCCUCGGCGGCAGCUGGAAGAACCUUUUACUACUGGGCGGAAUGUCGCGCGGCGGCGCCGCCGCCGGCAAAACGGCCACGGCGAAGCGCGUCCCGCCGCCCGCCGUGCCCGGCGACGCGUUCAGCCCGCAACACCGACACUCCGGCUCGUCCUUCGGUUCGCAGGGAUACGCUUCGUGCGAGGAACAACCGUAUCCACAACCGCCUGACACACCGUCCCACACUCGAGAUGACCACUCCGAUUACGGCAGCACCGUGUCCGGAGUCUCCGGUGUCUCGGGCGCCAGCGGGAGCCUGGGCAAGAGCCCUGCGGGCGGGGGCACGUUCACCUUCCCCCCGCCGUCGCAGCCCCUCACGCAUAAGGCGGCGGUGUACUAUCACCAUCAGCUAGCACUUAGUGAUGACCAGGGGAUUGACAUGACGCAGAGUCCCGGUCGUGACAGCCCAGGUUCUUCCUCCGGCUCGGCCGGAUCCGGAUCCAGGCACUCUUCAGCAUCGCUGGACAGCGGACGUGCGUCAGGCCGGAUGCCACACCAUCACCACGCGGCUUGUCACUGUGGAGACACUGCUGACCGAGUUAGAGCUAUGAUCGCUCAGGGACUUCCUGACCCCGACAUCAUCCACGCCUGGCUAGCAGACCUGCAGAUGGAAGAAUACGCUCGCCUCUUCAUCGAAGCUGGCUACGACCUGCCCACGGUCACCAGGAUGACCCCCGAGGACCUCACGGCGGUGGGCAUCAAGAAACCAAACCAUAGGAAGCGGUUAAAGGCAGAGCUGGCUAACCUGAACGUGCCGGACAACCUUCCUGAUUAUAUACCGGGUUCUUUAGAAGAAUGGCUGCGGCUGCUAAGGCUGGAGGAGUACGGGCCCGCGCUCGUGGCGCAGGGGUAUCGCACGGUCCAUGACGUCACGCAACUGGCUUGGGAGGAUCUAGAAGACAUGGGCAUAGUUCGUCUCGGACACCAAAAGAAAAUCCUCCUGGCCAUCAAAAGAGUAAAAGAUAUUAGGGCAGGAAAGAGGAGCAUCAGCAACCAAGGGUCCUUGGACUUUACCAGAAUACAGCCCGGACAGGAUUUAUAUCCGAGGGAGCUGCAUUACCAGCCUUGGCAGACACAUGAGCGGAGUUACCAUAAACCUCCCGACCUUACCUUUGACGCCCUACCGACGCCCCUAUGUGGCACAGAUUUGGUCCCCAUUCAGAUCCGUCACCCUCGCGGGAAAUCUCUAGAAAGUCUCGAAGACCCGUCGGAGCGGUCCUCGCACACGACGUUCUCCCCCGAAGGCUUCUACUACGGCGCGGGGCAGUGGCGCCGCUCGUACGACGACGGAGACAUCACUCCCACCAACGACAGCUACGAGGGCGGCGGGACUCUGCCCCGUCCGCGGGGGCUCGUGCGCCCGCGGCCCGUCGCCAAGAUAGCCGCCACGCCCGCCUACAGGGAGAAGUCGCCCGACUACACGUACGACGAGAUCGCGUACUCCGCGCGGUUGCAGCGCGUGGCGUACGGCGCGAGUCCGCACGUGGCCCGGAAGCCGCCGCCGGAGCCGCCGAAGCGGCAGUCCUCCCAGUACGCGCCGUUCAGCCGCUUCGGACAGACGACGGUGGAGAUCCACCCGGAGAAGAGCCUGCCGCUGAGCCUGCCGGCCUACCCCAGCUCGGACUCGCUGUCCGUGUCGCUGGACGUGGAGGGCGCGGGGCUGCUGCCGCCGCCGCCCGCGCCCGCCAGCCCGCGGCGGUGCUACGACGACGACAAGUGCCGCACCGGCUCCGACGCUAGCUUUAAGUCGAGUUCGAGUACAGAAUCGGACAGCAUUCCAUUCGCGAACGAGAACGCGGGUACGAUAAAGCAGAACCGCGGCCAAAUCGCCGGCCGACCGCACACGGUCGACUACGGCCGAACGGGCAUCGGGCUUACCAACCUCCCGCCGAGAAACCCUGACAUCAAACCGACCACACCACACACACUCCCGGAGAAAGACGAGGGAAAAAGUACAGAGCCAGUAGAUGUACUCAACGAUAUUGGCAACAUGUUGGCCAACCUGACGGACGAAUUAGACGCCAUGCUUGAAGAAGAGAAACGUCAAGGUCUUACCGAUUCGUAAAAAUAAUAGAGAUGUGUCUAUAAACCGAUAAUGUUUUUUGAUUUACUAAAAAAAAUUAAAUGAUUCGCGGGUUUCUAGAUUUUCUACAAUAUGAAUUGAAUUUGAAUGAAAUUGGAAAUAUGUUAAAUUGAAUUCCAAAGAUUUGCUGUCUAGGUCAAUGUAAUGAAUUGGGAUUGUUUUUCUAUUUUGUUAAUUGGAGCUAAAAACAUAAUUUACAUCGGCAAUAAUUACAUCAGUAGAUACGAAUAUUUCUUUACUUACUUAUCACGAAAUCGCAUCUUGCCAAUAGGUAUAUAUUUGUGUAAUCAAAAUAAAUCACUACCUGCCUGUAUUACAAUACAUUAUUACUUUUCUACAAAAAAUAUUAUAUGUUAUGAACUGUAAUUUAUUGCGUUAUAAAAUACGAUCUUUAACACUGCGAACUGCGCAGUAGUUGAUUAAAAUAGAUUACUCAUAUUAAUUUUCUUUAAGGCCUGUUUGCCGAACUGUAAAUAAAACUUAUAAAAGUCUCCUCCCAUUUUUAUUUAAUAUUGUGUGUUUAUAUUGUUUUUUAUUAUGUAUUUAAAUUAAUUAACGAUAGUUCCUUGUUUAACAUUUAAAAAUACAUAUAUGUGUUUCGUUUCAUUGAAAAUUAGAUAUAGACGAAUCCAAAAACAGAUGAAAGUGUCUAUUUUUGUAAAUAUUGUUUUACUUAAAUUAUGACAUAAUAGAUACAAAAUAUUAUCCAGUAGCUAGAUUUCCAUGUACAAUAAAAUUGUAGAGUACUUGGGUAUGAUGUAGGAUUUAUUAGUUAGAAUUUAUACAAAAUAUUAGCACUAGUUGAUAGAGUGACAUUAGGGAUUAUUAUAAUGACAAAAUGUAUCAUAGACAUUCGUAUAAAAUAGCGAUAGACCUCAUAGUAAUUGUAUAACACAACCUCUGUAUACAUGGACAUGCUCAUUCGCUUUACACUUCCUAAUUUUUUAAAACCUACUGCUUUGGCAACACAGUUUCAGCUUUCGAUAUGAUCUAAAAGAACUCCUGAACAUGUUUCUUACGUUUGUAUACAAAAUUAAAAAUACUACUACCAAAAAAAUACGAUCUCCUGUACUUUGUAACUGUUCCAUGUCCACAUAGAACGUGAUAUCUAGCGGCCAUACAAUAAAAUAAAUAGGUAAUCGAAGGUAGUUUUCACAACAUUAGUGAUGUGACAAAGGCAUCGGUUUAUCGGUUUUUAUGGCCGUUGUCGCAUCACUACAGUAGUCGAUAUAGUUAUGUCUAACACUGCCUUACCUAUUAGAUACUCGUGAUACUAACAUCGUGUACGUUUAAAACAAAAUAACUUUCAUACUAAAACGUAGCGCAAUAUGAAGUACGCAUUAAGCUUAACUCUGUAAAUAUCUGUAAUAUGAAUCAGUGUUUCUACAUUUAUAAUUCAGUCUUCUUUAAUAACAGCUCGUAUUUAGAAGUUUUGUAUACCUGCCUAUGAUAAGAUAGAAGUGUAACCCUUGUUUAGCCGUCACAAUAUCUGUUAAUGUGGCCAGAUAAUAAGAAAUCUUGGAAAAAUGUACUAAAACACACCCAACGUGUCAGUAGCAAAAGGCGCCAAACCAAUUUUCUUGGGACUCUCUACGACUCUUCCCGUAUUUUUUUUGAUUGCCGCCUUUUUCUACUAACAAGUUCAUAUGCCAGAGUACAUGUCUAAUAAGCUAAUAACUUAUUUGAUGAUAGAACGAAACCUCGAUUGUUUAAAAGUAAGAUUCUAACCUGAUACUUGAUUAUCUGAACCUUGUGUACCUAGGUACUUUUAUUAGUAUCUUGUCUGUGGUCAAUAUACAAUGUGGUUUCUCCACUAAAAGUUUAGAUUUUCGCUGAAAAAGAAGGAUAAUGAACAAGUGGGAAUUCUAGUUAAUGUUUUAUAUAUUUUUCGGGAAGUUAUCCAUCCCUUUACUCCAUAAUUUUCUGAAUUUUUCGAAAAUAUACCUAAUAAAUCCAUGGGUUUAUAUUUUUAAACUUUUAGUGGCUAAACUAUACUUUAUUCAAUAACUGGAAGGUGCUAGACCUGUUACAGGAGUAAGUUCUUUUGAUUUUUUCACAAUUUACUUUCAACAUGUUCUGCGUCGAACUAGUCAAAAUUAAAAGUGACGGCAACCGAACGCCUUGUUCUGAGCAGCUUAUUACAUUCUUAUUUAAUAGUUGAGUUCUUAUUUGAAUAAAUAUAUUUGUAAUAUUCUA